UUAAUUUAUUUUGACUAAUGUGAGUACAAUUGUUACAUUCCCGCGACAAUAGAUUUAAAAACCUGACAUUAGCCACACUAACGCGCUCUAGUGGCAAAAGAUCUGUCCCCUCAUUUCCCGCAAGGACGCUUGCGAUACUUUACGAUUAUCCUCCUUAUAUCUAACCUCCGUGACUAUAGACAAUAGUGUGUGAGUGAUCACGUCACAUAAUUUAAAGCACUGUAUGAUCGUAAAUUCAACUUGUAUGAUAAUUUAGGAUAAUUCGAAAAAAAUAUAAUUUUCGAUAUGUCUCGAUUUUGUUUUUGUUUCGAUUGUGCAGUGCAGCGCUCGAUCAACGCCUCGUUAUCAAGUCGCGAAAAUGUACUUUUUAUACACUUUUUUAUACUUUUUUUGCACUUUUGCAUUAAAAUUGCAUUAAAAAAACAAAUCUGGAAAUCCGGAAAAUCUUUGUUAACCUAGUCAAAACUUUUUUCUGUACGUACAAUAAUUUUACGGAGUACCCGAUAAUUUUACGGCACUGUGUCGAUCAGACAAGCAAAAGUUUCUGGGAUCAAUGAGUGUGAUGGCUAAGUGUUAAAAUAACGGCAUACAGAGGUCGCCGCAAGUAGCAUUCUUAAUAUUAAAAACAUUUAUAACCUUAUUUACGUGUCUGUUUUCGAAGUCCAAUGGGUGAAUGUGAGAAUAUUUUGUGCAUUUUUCAACAUUUAUAUUUUCAUUAGAAAUUACGGUAUAAUAAUCCAAUUACUAUCAUUGAUCAUUGUAUAACAUUAUUGUCCGUUUUGAAUCUUAUAUAUUAUUAUUAAGAAUCAGUGAAAAGACAUGGCAGAAAAUUUUGAAAGAGAUGUUCCCCCCAUGUAUACAAAUAAGGAACAAAAAACAGCUGGUCAGCCACUCUCCGAUUUUCUUUUACAAUUAGAAGACUAUACACCAACGGUACCUGAUGCUAUUAGCGAGCAUUAUUUGCACACUGCUGGUUUUAAUACUAUCGAUCCUAGAAUAGUGCGUCUAGUAUCAUUAGCUGCUCAAAAAUUUAUAUCGGAAAUUGCAAAUGAUGCUCUUCAACAUGGCAAAACACGUGGUGCUAAUCAAAAUACAAAAACAAAAGGAAAGGAUCGACGUUAUAUGCUUACUAUGGAAGAUCUGACUCCUGCAGUUGCAGAAUACGGCAUUGUAGUUAAAAAACCACAUUACUUUGUUUAAAUAAAAUUAAAUAUAUUCCUUAUUGUGUGUGUGUGUGUGUGUGUGUAUGUAAAAUUAACUUUUUCUAUAGGUAGUUUAUGAAAAUAUUUUUAAUAUCGAGACAAAUUUGAUACUUUACAUUCAAAACUUUAUGUAAAUUAUUUAAAAAAAAAAAAAAGUUCAAUUAUUCAUGUUAAAUCUUCCGAGUGUUUAUUUCAAUAUUCUUAUUUUAACUCUUCGUUCUGUUUACGUGUUGUGAACGAAAUUAAAGAAGAACUCAAGAAAAGAAUCAAUUAUGACAAUGCAUGCUUUUAUUCGACCAAUAAAUUACUCAGUUUGAGAUUGCUGUCUAGGCGAUUAAAAAUCAGGAUGUACAGAAUAAUCAUCCAGCCGGUUGUCUCCUUUAUGGUAGCGAAACGUGGUCACUUACGUUACGGAAUGAAAAUAAAUUUAGGGUUUUUGAAAACAAGGUUCUUCGUAAAAUGUUCGGUGCAAAAGGCGAUGAAGAAACAGGCGAAUGGAAAAAACUCCAUAACGUUGAAGUACAUUGAUUGUACAACAAACCGGACAUCAUUAACGUCG